AUGAACCAACCUCGAGAACUUCAAAAUCAUUUCCAAGGCUUGCCUGAAUUUCAUUAUGCUGCGCUGUUGGGAAAACAAGAAUUACUUCGAAAAUUGUUAUCUACAGGUGACACAGUUCUAUCCAGUGUUGACAUGUAUGGCAGGACAGCUCUGCACAUAACUGCUUCUCAUGACGUUUACAACAGUCUUGAUGUUUUAUGCAGAAAUUGCUCAAAAGACAAAAAAAUCCUUGAUCAGAAAGACAACUAUGGUUACACUGCUCUGCAUUACGCCGUUCAAGGAGCAAACACAUACUGCGCUAAGUUGUUGCUUGAUUCAGGAUGUAAUGUGGACCCUGCCCAGUAUUCUCAGUACACUCCGCUUCACCUGGCUGCCUCAUAUGGUUACCCUGAAUUAGUUUCUGUCCUUUGUGAGCACGGCGCCAAUGUUCACGCGCGGAGCGCCACCCAAGAAACACCAUUACAGAUGGCGGCUCGAUCUGGCAUCCGAAUUCGGGAAAGAAUGAAGGUUCACUACAUCACCCUGGCCCUUUUACUCAAGUUUGGUUCCGAUGCAAAUGUAAGGGACAACGAUGGUAUAACACCGCUUCAUUAUGUCGCUAUGUACUGUGAAAAUAAAGAAUGCGCUGCCCUCCUAUGCGCAGCUGGAGCAAGCGUAAGAAAUCAGAACCGUGGUAAAGUUACCGCUAUCCAUGUUGCACGAUGUGCGGAGGUUCAUGAGUUUCUCAAGCAAGUGGAGACCAUUCCUCCAAGACUUGAACAUUUGUGUCUACUGGUUGUGCGCAAGGAACUAGGAACGACUUUGAAAAACAAGGCGGAAUACUUACCUCUACCCAAACCCCUCAAGGACAAACUACUGUUUAAGAAACUUCAAAAGAUUGUUUAA